AUGGCUGUUAGUGAUAAUCCUCCACCGUUACCUCAAGCCGUCGGAUAUGCGGUCGUUCUGGGAUUGGGUAUCGUCUUUGCGCUGGCUAUGAAUGUCACAACAUGGAUACAAGCUCGUUUUUCCAAGUAUAAACCCAACUCAGCUUCGGAAUUCAGCGCUGCGAGUAGAUCGUUGAAGACUGGUUUGGUGGUUGCGGGUAUCGUUAGCUCCUGGACUUGGAGUCUGACUCUCCUACAGAGUGCUACUCAGUCAUAUGAGAUGGGUGUCUCUGGCGGGUGGUGGUAUGCAGUCGGCGGAACGCUGCAAAUUGCCAUUUUCUCUGUAAUCGCUAGCAAGGUCAAAAUGAAUGCUAACAGAGCGACGACGUUUCCGGAGGUUGCUUACGCCCGCUUUGGUACCGCUGGCCACUUAUCUUUUCUCUGGUGUGGAUUGAUUUGUAACGCAAUUGUAUCAUCCUGCAUACUCCUCGGUGGAGGAGCGGUUGUAUCCACUCUAACAGGGAUGAAUGAGUACGCUGCUCUUUUCCUCAUUCCUAUGGGAGUCGCGGUAUAUGUUGCAACAGGAGGCUUGCGAGCGACGUUUAUUAGCGAUGCCACUCAUACUUUCUUCCUGUUGGCGAUACUGCUCUAUUUUUGUUUCGAAGUAUUCUGCGUAUCUGACGUUAUUGGAAGCCCACGAAAACUGUCGGAGCUACUUGAAGCUGUGGCAAAGACUACACCAGUUGACGGAAAUUAUCAAGGCUCGUACUUGACUUUUCGGUCUCGACCAGGAGCAAUUUUUGCUGUGCAGUCAAUUAUUACUGGGUUUGGUCUUGUAAUGUGCGAUCAAGGUUACUGGUCAAGAGCAAUUGCUUCGAAUCCUGCCACAACCGCACGAGCUUACUUUUUAGGAGGCUUUGCCUGGUUCAGUAUUCCAUUUGCAUGUGGAACCGCACUGGGAUUAACCGCCCGAGCGCUUGAGACACAACCCGAUUUUCCCGUACUUUCGAGCACAGAUGUCAGUGCGGGGCUCGCCGCCGUAGAAGCCGUCAACUAUGUUCUUGGGACUGCUGGAUCUGUUCUCAUGUUGUUGCUCAUUUUUCUGAGCGUCACCUCCGCCUUGAGUGGAGAGAUGAUUGCUACUUCAACUCUCCUCUCUUACGAUAUUUAUCGCCAUUAUUUCCGCCCGCGCGCGACAAGCAAACAGAUUGUCGGCACCUCUCGUAUUUUCAUCGUGUUCUGGGGUGUUUUCGCUGGGUCUCUUGCCUCAGUAUUCAAAUUAGCUGGAAUUACUCUAGGAUGGCUCUUCUAUUUUCUUGGAGUAGCUACGGCCUCUGGUGUUUUUCCUAUAGCUCUUACUUUUCUGUGGAAAGAUCUCAACAGAGAGGGAGCUGUUGCCGGCUCCAUUUUUGGUAUGUUUCUAGCACUCAUCGUUUGGCUUGCUACAGCCAGAGCAAUCGGAGGAGAGAUCACUGUCGAUACCUUGAGCAAUCAAUGGGCAUCUUUUGCAGGUGGUGCCACAGCUAUCAUCUCCGGGGGAGUAUUGUCCAUCACACUGUCUCUUUUGCGACCCGCCAACUUUGAUUGGGAAAAGACGCGGAAUCUGAUUGUCGUAAAGGAAGUCGAAAUCGACGAAGAUCGCGACGGCAGUUCAUUCUCAAGCAACGGUGUGCCUUCCAGUGUGGUAGCUGACGUCCUCGAGGUGGAGAAGAAAAGUGAUCCUUUAAUAAUAGAUGUUGAUUCACUUCCUCGAUCAACAAACGAUGCUGCUGGAAUUCUCGAUGCGAAAUUGGAUAUGACUGUUUUGGAGAAAACAUUCAAGAGAUAUACUCUCAUUUUUGGCUUCCUGGCACUAAUCAUUACAAUUAUCAUACCUGUCCCGCUGGGUGCUGCCCCGUAUGUGUUCUCACCUCGGUUUUUUGCUGGGACAGUGGGCUUUAUGUUUAUAUGGCUAUUAUUCGCUGCUUUCCUUGUGGUUAUCUUACCUAUACUCGAAUCUCGACAUGCUCUUUGGAAGAUUAUUCUCCAGGUCGUCAAACACAAAUACUAG